AUGUCACCGUCGCCGCUGCCGGCAGCAGGGAAGAAGAACAAGCUCCGGAAGCCAUACACGAUCACCCGGCCGCGGGAGAGGUGGACCGACGAGGAGCACGAGCGUUUCCUCCACGCCUUGUACCUGUUCGGCCGCGACUGGAAGAUGAUCGAGGCGUUCGUGUCAACAAAGACGAGCGUGCAGAUCCGCAGCCACGCGCAGAAGCACUUCCUCAAGGCCCAGAAGCUCGGCCUCGGGGAGUGUCUGCCGCCGCCGCUCCACCCUCGCCGCGCCGACCUCCUCCGCCACCAGCCGCCGCCGCUCCACCCCGACGCCGACAUUCUCCUGCCGACCAUGGACUGGCCAUGCGCGUCGCCUGAGCCUCGUGUCCCGGACAUCGACGCGCAAGCCGGGGCAUGGCCGGAUCACGGGAGCGCUUCCCAGGACGAAGAAACCAUCGAGCUCCCGUUGUCUCCCGACGACCUGCGCUUCGCCCAGGUCUACCGGUUCGUCGGCGACGUCUUCGCCGCCUCCGACGCGGCUGUCCCGGUGGAGGCGCAUCUUCAGAGGCUGCAGCUGCACGGCGUGGAUCCCCUCGUCCUGGACACGAUCGUGCUGGUGCUAAGGAAUCUGGAAGCGAACCUGUGUGCUUAUGGCUUGCCGAUGGCAUGGUUUCUCGGGAAUCCUCCCUAUGUAACCGUCGUCGUGCGGUUGCUUCGGCAACCGACGCGACGCUCCCUCACACCCCCACGAUCUGCCGCCGCUGCACAGCCUCCUCAACGCCGCCUCCGCUUCAUCGUGCCGCGCGCCGUGCUGCAGGCCAGCCGCGCCGGCCGGCGGCCGGGGGAGUGGAGCCCGGCGAGGCUCUCCAACGGCCACUCCAACGGCGUCGCCCCGGGGACCCUGCUCCCUGGAGGAUCCUCCGACGAGGAAGAGGACGGCCGGAACACCCGUCGCCGGUGA